UCCACUCGAAAACAACCGCGCCAGCCAGCCACACAGUCCCGAGCAGCCAGCCGGUCGCCUCACUCCUCGCUCGUGCGCAUUGUCCGGCAAGCAACGCUCGCUACGCGCGGCGUGGGUCAUGGCACUACUGCUGCUGCGCGGCUGCCUCGCGCCGGUCAACGCCACCGCCCCGGCGUUUCGGCGAGGGGAGACGACGAGCCUGGUUAGUUACCGCCGGCCGUCCCGGUUCGGCGCGGUCGUCGCCUCGGCCGCCGCGUCCUCGCCGUCCGGGGGCGACGGCGCGACCGCCGCGGUGGACGCGGUGCUGCGCGGCUCGGAGGGGUCCAAGGCCAACGCGCUCGACUACGGCGGGACCACCGGCGCCGUUGUCUCCGGCACCGCUAGGUCCACGACCAUCGAGACCACCGUCGAGAGGAUCAUCUUCGAUUUCCGGUUCCUGGCUCUCCUCGCCGUCGCCGGAUCGCUGGCGGGCUCCCUCCUCUGCUUCCUCAAUGGAUGUGUGUACAUAAAAGAGGCGUACUGCGUCUACUGGACGAGCUGCGCCAAAGGUGUACAUACAGGGCAGAUGGUCCUCAAGGUCGUCGAGGCCAUUGAUGUGUAUCUUGCUGGAACUGUCAUGCUGAUCUUCGGGAUGGGCCUCUACGGGCUGUUCAUCAGCAACGCGUCCAACGAUUUACCCUCCGGAUCCGACCGGGCUCUGCAGGGAUCGUCGCUGUUUGGGAUGUUCGCUCUCAAGGAGAGGCCGAAGUGGAUGAAGAUCACGUCGCUGGACGAGCUCAAGACGAAGGUGGGGCACGUCAUCGUGAUGAUCCUGCUGGUGAAGAUGUUCGAGCGGAGCAAGAUGGUGAAGAUCACCACGGGGCUGGACCUCCUCAGCUACUCGGUCUGCAUCUUCCUCUCCUCGGCCUCCCUCUACAUCCUGCACAACCUCCACCGGCCCGAGCACGAGGAGUCGGUCAUGCCCCACUUGUAGCUGAACCGUGCCACUCGCUCAGAGGCCAUGGCCUCGUGAUGUACAUGUACAUGUAGGUUGAUAUCUGAUCGAUCGAUGCAUCGACCCCGACGUGCUAAGAAGAGAACGAAUCGAUUCGCGGUUGGGGAUCGGCGCUCGAGCACGAGGAACAUGUGUACUGUAACAGUGUAGGAAGGAAGAACUUGAUCAAAACAUUCAUAUAAAAAACACGAAGUCUCUGGAGUUUGAAGUU